AAGGAUCAGCAUAAAAUUGCACCUGAAGGGUCGAAGGAUACUCGGACAUUAUUUUCAAUUGUAAAAGUAGUGUUCAAGCAUAAUGUUAUAAAAAAUUAAUUUCGAUUGUGGAUAGUUAAAGACAAAGCGUGUAAUCCUAGAAAAAACUCCGGUGUAUAAAGAUGUAUUUCCCUCCUUGUUUGGAAUUUAUUGAUGUGUUUCGCUUUGUGAUCCCCUCCUAAACAGAUAUGUGGUAGCUUUGAAUUGGGUAAUCUAUUCUCAAUGCUUGAACUUCGAACUGCUUUCGUGUCAUUUCGUAUUUGCGGGGAUCGAGUAUUUGACAUUUUAACUUUUAUUGAUAGGAGUGAUAGGAUUAACAGGGAAGGUUGUAGAUGGUCGGUGUGUAAGUGACUAAGCGUGAAAAUGGAAUACAAAGGAUUAAAAGUUGGAACCUUACUGAGCGUUUUAGCGUUCUUGGUCGGUAUUUAUUAUAGAGAAUCUGAGAACCUACUUCAAAAAAGAUUAACUGCAGUUUUAGAGGGUUUAGAAGAAGUUGAGACCAAACACGUUGGAUCGGGAAGGCCCAGGGUCGCAAUAGGUUAUGGAAUAUGUACGGAUGUUUACAUCGACGCUAAAUAUUUAAUAACAUAUUCUAAAGAUGUUGGAGAUCCUGAACAUUUCGAUGAAAUAAAAUCUGAGGAUGAGUUGCUGAAGAGUUUUGCUUAUUACUUUCGCCAUGGGGCCGCGGCAGAACGAUUCAUGCCUAAUGGUUCAUUAUUUAACCAGCUCGUAUCUCAUGCUCGAUCGUUUUCAUCUUCCUAUUCAAAUAUCGGUGGAAAUGCGCCAGUGAUGGCAUUCAGGUUUGCCAAGGAAGGUUGUGAUGUGCUACUUGCUGCAAAAAUGACAAAAUCUUUACGACAACUGAUUCCUUCAAACAUCAGAGUUGCUGGAGGUGAUGUACAGCAAGAUGACAUACAUUUAGUAUUGGAGUACAAGCGUGGUGAGACUUGGGGGCCUUUCACAAGUUCUCGUGCUAAUAGAUAUAUCGUGCACAACGACGCGAACAAUCCCACUAUCAGCUCAUUAGAAGAAUUUGAUAAAUUACUACCAGAGUUUGCACCAGAUUUAUUUGUGGUUUCAGGGUUACAAAUGAUGGACAAUUAUCCUUUUCCAGAGGGCAUGCGUUUCAGUAGAUUAAUGAAAGUAAAGCAGCAGAUGAUUAAUCAGCCCAGAUCUACAAAAAUUCAUUUCGAAAUGGCUUCAUUUGCGGAAGAAAACUUGCUUUUGGAGUUAUCUGAAUUAGUUAUACCUUUUGCUGAUAGUUUGGGUAUGAAUGAACAAGAGAUAGCAAACUUAUACAGUUUAAUGUACAAUGGCAACAUUUCUCUGGUUGCCGAUUCAAAUCCACGUGUAGCCACCGUUCUUGAUCAAAUGAGAUUGUUGUUCAAACUAAUUAGAAAAAAUGGAAAGUCGAUAGAGAACGCACGACAGUUGACUCGGAUCCAUGUGCAUACUCUAGCUUAUCAAGCAAUUUUAAACGUCAAGAAUUCUGUAUGGAAAAAUACAAUGGCUGCUGCAGCAAAGGCAUCUUUAACAGCAAAUCGGCAUGUAUGUGGAUCAAAUAAUGUAGAUAUACAGAAAGCAAUGUUGAUUAUGGACGAUAGUUUCUCAACAUCCAUUAAUGCCGGUAGAAGAAUCCCACUGGAUAUCGAAAAGCCUGUUUCAUGUUGGGAUGAAGUGUUUAAAAUUGACGGAGAUAACGUAACAAUUGAAGUCUGUGUUGCCCCAGUUCUUGUUUGUACUCAGGCUAGUCAAACUGCUGGCGGUGGUGAUAACAUUUCCAGUGCUGGGCUAGUACCGCAGAUAUGAUAAUUUUGCACCAGAAAUCAAGGCAUUUACAGUUUGACCACUGCCUAAACCAAUAGACAAGCCAUAUUGUUAUGUUUCAACCUGAAGCAUAUAUUUUAACAUUACUAACUUACCCUAUCGGGGUAUACUGUUCACAUUUAUGUGGGCUGCACAUAGCACCAUUGUUUAGAAUAUAAAUUGUUUUUAAAUAUGUUUGCAGAUGGCACGUAUAAUGUUGGAAUAAAUCAUUCCAUUAAAAGCCCCAAGUCGACAUAUUGCAACAUAGGUGUAUGAUUGUUCAUUUGAAUCAAAAAUGUUAAGAAGCAAUGAACUCAUUGCACUUACUUACUAUAAUAGUGAAAAUCCAGAGUUUUGUCUGCGGAAUAUUUUGUUUAUGAUAACUAGUCAUUCCCUCUUUUUACAUGUAUUGUCAUCGGCAGUCCAUUGUAAUAUUACUAAAAUUUUGUUUCAUUCACGUAAUUCAAUCCUUGUGCCAUUUGGGUCUACAAUUGCAUUACGAAAUGCCCAUAUGUUAUUUGAUCUGUUAUACUAGAUUGCAUCAGAGUUGUUUCAAUUAGUUACAAUUAGUCGAUUAGUUCUACGAGUGAUCGGUGCAUGGUUAAUGUAACCGACUCGAUAUUCUCACAUUCCAUCGAGUUGAAUAUUUUAACAUUCCAUGUGAAUGUUCCUACAGAAUUUCAUAGGAUUCGUACAUUAUUACAUGAGAGUAAGUAAUAUGUUUUAGUUACGCCUACAUGGUGCUGCAAUGUAAUUGAAGCUCAUUGUGAUUCUACACAAAACGUUAUAUUUCGUUGUCACGCAUUAUUUGAUACUGUAAUAUUUUUUAAGACUGAAUAAACAUUCAUUUUCAUGUGAUGAAAAA